AAAAAUUUGAGUUUUAGUUUGGUGGUUGACGAGCAACCGGUCGUUCCGUUUCUGACAAACAGUCUGAAGUAGUUCGUUGUUCAGUUAACGAUUUUCUUCAGGCUAAACAAGUGCAGUUAUCAGUUUAUAAAAGUUUACUAUUGCUAAAUAUCAGCAAGAUAACAACAAUGGCCGCUUUCGUGGAACCACAUUUUGAUGCUUAUCACCAGUCUGGUGCGAGCAACAUGACUGUCGUUGAUAAGGCAUAUCCUGAAAUUCUGCAUAUGAUCCAUCCGCACUGGAACCAGUUCCCGCCGAUGAACCCGCUGUGGCAUUCGAUGCUGGGUUUCGCCAUCUUCAUGCUCGGAAUGGUUUCGAUGAUCGGAAACGGUUGCGUGAUGUACAUCUUCUCCAACACCAAAGGGCUCCGAACUCCAUCGAAUCUGCUGGUGGUGAAUCUGGCCUUUUCGGAUUUCUUCAUGAUGUUUUGCAUGGGGCCACCUAUGGUUGUGAACUGCUACCACGAGACCUGGUACUUCAGCGCCUUCGCCUGUGAAGUUUACGGAAUGUUGGGAUCGCUGUUCGGAUGCGUCUCCAUCUGGACCAUGACCUUGAUCGCGUUCGAUCGGUACAAUGUGAUCGUGAAGGGUUUGGCCGCUAAACCAAUGACCAGCAAUGGAGCCUUGAUGCGCAUUGUGGCAAUUUGGAUGCUAUCACUGGUUUGGACCAUUGCUCCUCUGUUCGGAUGGAACCGAUACGUCCCGGAAGGAAACAUGACCGCCUGUGGAACCGAUUACCUGACCAAGACGCCUUUGAGCCGAUCGUACAUUGCUGUCUACGCUUUCUGGGUAUACUUCCUGCCUCUGCUGACCAUCAUCUACUCGUACACCUUCAUCCUGAAGGCUGUCUCUGCCCACGAGCAACAGAUGCGUGAACAGGCCAAGAAGAUGAACGUUGCCUCGCUGCGAUCGUCCGAAGCCCAACAGACUAGCGCCGAAAUCAAGCUGGCCAAGGUUGCUCUCGUUACCAUCUCGCUGUGGUUCAUGGCCUGGACCCCGUACCUGGUCAUCAACUUCACCGGAAUCUUCGACGCUGCUCCAAUCACUCCUCUGGCCACCAUCUGGGGAUCACUGUUUGCCAAGGCCAAUGCCGUCUACAACCCAAUCGUGUACGGUAUCAGCCAUCCCAAGUACCGGGCAGCUCUGUACAAGACCUUCCCAUCGCUGUCCUGCCAGGAGGAUUCUUCAUCGGGUGAGGCGCAAUCGGUUGCCUCCGGUGAGACCCAGAAUUCUGAAGAAAAGGCCUAAACGUUUCCCAUGAUUUGACGAUCAGACCAAAUGCAAUGAAAACGGACAACUGAAAGGUUAUAACCAAUGAUUUAUUUUUAAGAAAAGCAAGUAAGAGAUUUAA